AUGAACUUCUACGACUCAUGCCCUUACCUCAAAUUCGCACAUUUCACGGCCAAUCAGGCGAUUCUAGAAGCCGUAGCGACGGCGCGUGUAGUUCACGUCAUCGAUCUAGGGUUUAAUCAAGGAAUGCAAUGGCCGGCGUUGAUGCAAGCUCUAGCUCUCCGAGUCGGCGGACCUCCGUCGUUCCGUCUCACCGGAGUUGGACCUUCGAAUCGGAACAAAGGGAUUCAACAGUCUGGUUGGAAGCUAGCUCAGCUCGCUCAAGCCUGUCGAAUUCGAAUUCAAAGCUCUAACCACCGAGAGAUUAUCCGAUCUCGAGCCGGAAAUGCUCGAGACCCGACCCGGAUCCGAGACCCUGGUGGUAAAUUCGGUUUUCGAGCUCCACCCGGUUUUAGCACGACCCGGUUCGAUCGAAAAGCUGCUCGCUACGGUUAA